AUGCAGGACGAAAUCGAUCGGAAAGAGCGGGAGAAUCGGCGUGAAGCGGAAGAGCAGAUGAAGCGAUACGAGGAAGAGCGGAAGCGGAUUUAUGAAGCGUCGAUGGGGUUCGAUCGAAGCGCGUACAACGAAUCGACGUCGCGAUUGGAGAGCAAAUUGUCGGCGGAGAAGAAGGCGAUGCUGGAAGACCAGCGGAAGCGCGAAGCGGCGGUGAAGAAGGCGAGGCAGCAAGCGAUGGAGCGACUGAAUCAGGAGAAGCUGCAGAGGAAAAUGGAGCAGGACACGUAUCGGAGAUUGGCGGAGCUGCGGCGACCGGCGCCGAAAACGAAGGAGGAGAGAGAUGAGCGGAUUGGGAAGGCGAAGGAAACGAUUGGAGACGGGAAGAAGCGACUGGAAGCGUUGAUGCGGAUGAAGGAGGAAGUGAAGCGAUUGAUUGAGGAGAAGAAGAGGAAGGAGGAGGAGGAGAGGAAGAAGAGAGAAGAGGAGGAGAGAAAGCGGAGAGAAGAGGAGGAGAGGAGAAGAAGAGAGGAGGAAGAAAGGCUGCGAGAGAAGAGAAGAGCGGAGGAAGAGGAAUUGCGGAAGCAGAGAGCGAUCGAAGAGGAGAGGAAGCGGAAAGAGGCGGAGGCGCGACGAGCGGAGUUUGAGAAGGAGAAGGAAGAGCGGAGGAAGAUGAAGCAGGCCAAAGCGAAGGCGAUGGAGGAGCGAUUGGAGAAGGACGAGCUGCGAUUGCUGGAUUGUCGAGAGAAGCUGCUGGCGUUGAGGAAGUUGAUGAAUGAAGUAAAGCGAAGUCAGGGAUGAGUGAAUGAGUGAGUGAGUGAAUAAAUCAUUGAAUGAAUGAGUGAAUCAAGGAA